GUUAAAAUAUCUAUGAGCAUCCAAAACGGUUUUUUCUCAUUCAUAAGCGGUCGGUCAAAACGUUUGGACGCGUACUCUUCGCAAAACGAAAGUUCUUUUUUUUGCGUUUCUUUUAUCGUGUCUCUUUUUUUGGACUCUUUUUCGUAUUUUGCCGUACGUCUCGUUAAACAUUUAAAAAUUUGAAAAAAUCGAAAAAAUAUAAAAUUUUUCAAUUAAAAAAAUGUGGACCGGCAGAGAGGGUGACGAAAAUAAGGAAGCCACUUGGGAGGAAUAUAGUGAUUUUUAUAAAAACUUGUAUCGCAGCAUCACAGUAUCUGAGUUUGAUCGACCUCAUAAGACUGUAGUUUAUUGCAACGAACAGGAUAUACCAGCGCGCGAAGUGAAUGGAUGCAGUAAUAUACCACAAAUAAACUUCUUAUCUCAAUACUACAUUUUAACGCAUCAAGCUGAAGUAACCAUGCCAAGCGGACAUAUUGAUCAACCGAAAGUUGAAGACAAUCGUGAUGGAACCGUUCGUGUUCAAUAUGAUCCACGUGAGGAAGGUAUCCAUGAAUUGGAGGUAAAAUAUAACGGCGAACAUGUAAAAGGUUCGCCAUACAAAUUCCAUGUCGAUUCGAUCGCAUCUGGAUCUGUAACGGCCUAUGGACCGGGAUUGACCCAAGGCAUUACGGGAGAUCCAUGCAAUUUCACAAUAUCAACUAAGGGCGCUGGUGCUGGUGGACUAUCUUUGGCAGUUGAUGGACCCAGCAAAGCCGAAAUUUCGUACAGUGACAACAAAGACGGUACUGUGACAGCAACGUAUCUGCCGACUGCUCCAGGGGACUACAAAGUGUCUGUACGAUACGGUGAUAAGAACAUCAAGGGUUCACCGUUCCUGGCUAAAAUCACUGGCGAUGGUAAAAAGCGUAAUCAAGUAUCGGUACCAUCCUGUACGGAGAUGGUACUGUCAGGAGGAACUGUUUCAGAUGCAGAUCUUCGAACACUGAAUGGAUCAAUUCAGACUCCUAGUGGUCUGGAAGAACCGUGCUUCCUGAAGCGUAUGCCAAGCGGGAAUAUUGGCAUUUCGUUUACGCCUCGUCAAGUUGGAGAGCAUGCUAUUUCUAUCAAGCGACAAGGCAAACACAUUCACAACUCUCCGUUCAAAUUGAAUGUGUCCCAAGUGGAAGUUGGCGAUGCUAAGAAGGUUAAAGUAACCGGCACCGCAUUAGAGGAGGGAAAGACAAAAGUCGAAAAUAUAUUUGCGGUUGACACCAGAAACGCUGGACAUGGUGGCCUGUCGCUUUCAAUCGAAGGUCCUAGCAAAGUAGAAAUCAAUUGUACCGACAAAGCGGACGGCACGCUUGCUAUCGGUUAUAAGCCGACGCAACCCGGUUUUUACAUCGUCAAUUUGAAGUUUGCUGACCAUCAUGUCACCGGAUCACCGUACACUGUUAAAGUGACUGGUGAAGGUUCGAAUAGCCAGCGAGAAACGAUACAACAAGAGAACCGUGCCAUGCCAGUGACUGACGUUGGCGGCGAUUGUAAGCUAACGUUCAAGAUGCCGGGAAUUACAUCAUUUGAUCUUGCCGCUAGCAUUACUUCACCGAGUCAUGUUACUGAAGAUGCUGAAAUACAAGAAGUCUCUGACGGUGUCUAUGCAGUCAACUUUGUACCGAAAGAGACCGGCGUCCAUACCGUUUCUGUUCGUUACACCGAAAUGCACAUCCCGGGAUCUCCUUUCCAAUAUACGGUUGGACCAUUCACAGAUUCGGGAUCACAUUUGGUGAAAGCUGGUGGUGCUGGUCUGGAACGAGGAGAAGUUGGCGUACCAUCUGAAUUCAAUGUAUGGACGCGAGAGGCAGGUGGUGGCGCAUUAGCUGUUUCGAUUGAAGGACCGAGCAAGGCGACAAUCGAGCUUAAGGAUCGCAAAGAUGGUUCAUCUAAUGUGGCGUACACAGUUACCGAACCGGGCGAAUAUCGAAUCGGAGUCAAAUAUAACGAUCGCCAUAUUCCUGAUUCGCCGCACAAGGUGUACAUUUCACCUGCUAUGGGUGAUGCACACAAAUUGGAGAUUGCCCAAUUCCCGCAAGGAUCUGUCCAACCCGAUACACCAGCUCAAUUUUUAGUUAGAAACAACGGUGCCAAGGGCAAACUGGAUGCGAAGGUUAUCGCCCCGUCGAACACGGAGAACGAUUGCUUCAUUCAGGCAAUCGAUCAAGAGGAAACGUCCGUUCGUUUCUAUCCGCGAGAGAAUGGCAUCCACAGCAUUCACGUCAAAUUCAACGGUGUCCAUAUUCCUGGCUCACCGUUUCGCGUCAAAGUAGGCAAAGAGGUCGCUGAUCCGGCAUGUGUUCAAGCUAGUGGCAAUGGGCUGAAGGAAGCGAAAACUGGACAAAAGGCCGAUUUCAUCAUUGGUACAUGUAAUGCCGGAUCGGGCACCAUGGCCGUCACUCUGGAUGGACCGUCAAAAGUGGCAAUGGAUUGUACAGAAAUCGAAGAAGGCUACAAAGUUCGCUACACUCCUCUGCUGCCCGGGGAUUAUUUCAUGUCCAUAAAAUACAACAACAUCCACGUUGUCGGCUCACCCUUCAAAAUUGUGUGCAAUGGCGACAAUUUCUGUGACGAGGGAGCCCAAGAGACAUCGUCCGUUGUGUUUGAAACAGUUGCAAAGUACUCGAAAGGUAGCAAUAAGACUGCGUCGGUUUUGCCAAAUUUCAAAUCCGAUGCGUCGAAAGUUACGACAAAAGGAAUGGGCCUGAAGAAAGCUUUUCUGGGAAAACAGAAUCAAUUUACGGUUGGUGCAACGGAUGCAGGUAACAACAUUUUGUAUAUCGGUAUGUAUGGUCCGAAGGGUCCAUGCGAAGAAGUUCAAGUCAAGCACAUGGGCCGGAACAUUUAUCAAGUCAAUUACUACGUGCGUGAAAGAGGAGAAUAUAUUCUGAUAAUUAGAUGGGGUGAAGAUAACAUUCCUGGAUCACCAUAUAGAGUCGAGGUUUAAGUGGUCUGGUGCUGCUUGAAUGUAUAUACAAUAAUCGGAAGUGACUUCGUUUCUUUCUUUCUUUUCUUAAUUUUUUUCCCCUUUUCUUUUCUUUAAAUUUAAUCGAAAACACAUCGUAGAAUAGCUUUUUGGAAACAAAGAAAAAUCUUUUUUUUUUGUUCUUGCGCACAGUUCCACUAUAAUUUUCCCUCCUCUAACUUCCUAUUUACUUUUACGUUUUAGUUCAUUGUAGCCACAUUUACAGACCUGACAGAUAAAUCAUAUUUUACAUGCCAUAGGUGUGGAAGUAGUAGAUUACGGCCCUUGUUUGGAACUUUUUAUUUUGUCAAGAGUGAUGCUUGCUGUCUGAGCUCACUCAGUCCCCGAGAAAAUGUGUUUUGACGCUCAUGUCAUUGAAUUAAUGACUCAUUGGUAAAGCCUGUUUUAAUAGUAGACCGCUCAUUCACUAAAAGCAUCGUUCUACCAUGCAAUUCUAAUGGGAUGCCAAAAUCAAAUUGCAUUUUUACGCAUUACUAUGAAUGCCGACUGUUAUAUUGACGGCUAGGGCUCAGUAUCUGUUAUCUUUGUGGUGCAGUCAGAACGUCGCUGAACAUGCGAACAAUAGAACCGUAAACAAUAGAAGCUGGGUGUUUUAUUGUUUACUUGUUCGGCGACUUUUUGGCAUCAUUUACACAGGAUUCCCUCAUUAGUCGAAAGGCGCCAUUAGUACAACGUAGGUGGGCUCAUUAUAUGUCCCAGUCUCAGAGAAUCCAAAUCGAUGAUGAAAUGAAAAUAGUGCUGUCGUGCCUUCAGCAUGAAUUUUGAAUGAAAAUAAAGAUUUCUUGGAAGGUCUGCACUGACUGACAAGUGAAACUUUUGAGCUUCCAAGUCGGUAGGCUUCCAACAGACAUCUACAUCCAUCAAUGAAAUUUUCAGGGGAAAUGUCAUUAUGUCAUGGAGGAGAACCGCAAUGCUUUGUAAACGCAAUCAUUUUCAUAGAAUUGCGACGUAGAUACUGAGUUCGUUCAAUACGAAUCGGCCGAUUACAGUAACAAUACGGCAUGUGGGCUCUCGGCUUAAUUGAAUUUUUUUUUCUAAUAAAUUCGUUUACCUUUUUGAAUCCCAGCGGAUGUUUUAAAGAAGUGCGCUUAUUCAACAUUAGCCCCUAUUUGACCUAUCUGCUCUCAUUGCCAAAAACCGCUCUUUCGCACUUGUACAAUAAAGUGCAUUAAUGUAGCGUAGCGUCCACAUAGCAGAAAAGGUGACAAACUUUGUCACACCCAAUUGAAAAAAGAAAUGUUUUACCUUUGGCAUGUAAAGUUUAAACGUUUCAUACCCAAG